AUGUCCAAAACUGCACCCAACCCGACUUCCGACCAACCGGGGCUCGAAGUCUCAGUUGCUGAUGGUCUCAUCGUAGACCACCGCCAGAUACAACAACAAGGACUAUAUUACGCAGGGGAUGGAUCCGAUGCACCAAUACCAGUACUUGCAGAGCCGGGGGCGGGGCUUGAUACAAAGCAAGAGACAAAUGUGGGGGAAGGGAGCAGAUCGGAGAGAAGGACACUAUGUGGUCUUCGUCGGCGGUAUUUGUUUCUUGGGAUUAUCGUCUCUCUGAUUGUCAUUGCUGCUGCUGUAGGAGGAGGUGUAGGGGGCUCUUUGGCUUCACGUAAGAAUUCCAGCUCUUCGACCACGAACACAUCGGCAACACCCACUACUACCACCACCUCAACUUCUACAUCUACGAGUACGAACGAAGCAUGUCCUGCAUCGAAUGGAACAACGAUCACUGUCCAAGGCAUAGAGUAUACACGGUUGUGUGGCAUAGAUCUAUGCUCUUCGACUAAUGGCUGCACCGAGAUGACCAUAUCGGAUGACACAUUGAGGGAUUUUACAACAGAUUCACUGGUCAAAUGCAUUCAGCAAUGCGAGUCGUAUAAUGAUGUAAUAAGAGGGUCUGAGUGUCAUGGUCUCGAACCAUACCCAUCGAUGCUUCCUGAAGAAUGCAACAAGUAUACGAAAGUCGGCGCCGGAUGGGUGGACGAUAAUGAGUGCGGUUCGGAGUGCGUGAUCCCCAGUCAAGCUCAUGUAUUAAUAGGUACUAACUAG